CUGUGUUCAAAAGCUUCAAAAAUUACGGUGUGUGUGAUUUCGUCUUCCGAUAUCAAGGGCAGCAAUGCGAGGGUCUUGGAUUGCGUGUGCGAAGAAACGGGCAAACCGUACUGCGUGAGACUUGAAGGCCUGUGGUCUUCCACUCCUGUACAAAUUGGCUCCACAUUAUGCCUUAUUGGUGCUAAAACGCUCAGGGAAAAGGAAUUAUUGUUAAAUUGGGAGAAUGGUGUUGUGAUUCUGGAGAGCAAUGCUCUUGUGCCGUGUACCAUAAUCGCGCAGGGUGUAUACUGUCGCCGCAAAGCGGUCCUUUCACAUUACUUCAAAAGUGGUGCCGUUUCAAACAGGGAAAUGACAGUGGGCAGUGUGGUGCAUGAACUUUUCCAGAUUGCUGUUACUCGGUCCGACUUUCAAGCUACUGAAACCGGCUUAAUUGACUUAUGGCGAAACGAGCUUUAUCCGCAAUAUGUUGAACAACUUCUUGCCUUAAAUCUCUCUGCUGAAGAGAUCGAAGAGGAUGUAAGGCCAUAUCUCGGGUCGAUCGUGCGCUGGAUCUCGGCCUACAUGCCUCCACCAUUAGGCCGCCAUGAACAGCUGCAAACGGGUUCAACAAUCAAGGAGGUGGUAGAUGUUGAGGACUCUCUCUGGAAUUCUUGUUACGGCUUCAAAGCUAAAAUUGACUGUACUUUGAAGGUUGCUGCUUUUUAUUUUUUUCAAGCGCAGUUCAACACUUUUUCUUUGCUUGCUUAUUCCUGAUA